GCGCAUGAGUACUUGCCUAUUACCUACUUACUAAAGAAAAAAUUGCCAAAAUGAAUAAUCCUAUGGAAGAGCAGCAAAGUGCUCUUUUAGGACGCAUUGUGAACAACGUAGAAAAGUUGAAUGAUAACGUUUGUAGAUUAAACCAAGCAUUACAGAACAUAAAUAUGUCAAACAUGAAUGUAGAAUUAAUUAGCCAAAUGUGGGCAAAUUAUGCGCGAAAUGCAAAGUUCCAUUUGGAGGAAACAGGCUCCUUAAAGAACCCGAUUUAAGCAACAAAGUGGAGCUAUUUAGCGAAAUUUAUUGUAAAGAAUGAGGAGAAUAAGAAUGACCAAGAUAGCGAUGAUGCCUGUUGUAAAGAGUCGAUUCAUGGCAAGCCUAAAGCAUUGUUCGUCAUUAGCUACAACGCUCACUUAAAGGGAAGAGCCUUGGAUUCAACAAUAACCAAGAAUUUGGACCAUUUUCGCUCUACAUAAAAGAUUUACUUACCUUCGCGCCAUGGUUUUUAACGUUCUCAAGCUGCGAUCUAGAUGUCCAGAAGUGUCUCCUAACUGGUAGAAGUGAUUAGCUGAGGAAUAAUAAUAUAAAAAAAGAAAACAGCCACUCAACGUCCAGUGUAGAGAGUAAUUUCUCGUAGGCUUUAAGAUACAGCACUCGUAGUUGUACUCCCAUUAACUGAAAGGUUGAAUACAUCACCUUCUUACCACUCCCAAAGAAUGUUCCAACUGAUUUCUUUGCCCAUGAAGAUCACGUAAAAUGUUAGCUCCUAUGCCCUCUGUUUCGUUGGCAACACGCUGAGAAUCGAGAAGCCUUUGUGAUGCUUCUUCCAUUCGAUUAUUUCCCU